AUGACUUCGAAAAGCUCGCCCGGAGCGGCCAAGGUCAUGACGGACCGAGCACUGCAUCCAUCGAGCUCGUGGCUGCUUCUCACAUUGAUAGGCGGAGCAGUGCUUCGUCUCAGCAUCGUGCUCUAUACAGAGGCUUUCAGUCUGCUACAGGACCGUCCCGAGCUCAGCACACCAAUAAGCAGCUUCAAGGCUCUCAUGGAAUCCCACUACAUCUUUCGACACCGCCCGACAUCCGUGACCGCCCUGAACCAACAUCAAGUCUCGGAUCCGUACUCAGCCGGCACCAUCCACCACUCGCCGUUACUCGUGGCCGUCCUCUACUCCGCUCUACAACGCUUUCAGUCAAGAUCAGACGAGCUUUCGAUAGCAUCCGUUUGGAUUGCCGCCGAUGUCGUCUCAGCAUGGCUGCUAUACCGCAUCUGCUACGCACGCGACGUGUCCAUAUGGUCGAGGCAGACCUAUCUGUUCGCCUGGGACCAGAGCAGAGCGCUCAAGGUGGCUGCCACCUUCCUCUUCAAUCCGUACACCAUCGCAACAUGCAUCUCAAGGAGCUCAAUAUCGCUCGAGAUUGUCGCUCUGCUUGCCGCCAUUCACUCCGCCAUGUCAGGCUCAGCGAUGCUCUUGGCGGUCUGUUGGGCUGCAUCCUCCCUCCUUUCACUCUAUCCGGUGCUGCUACUGCCCAUGUUGGUCCAGCUAUGCCGUAAGAGGGCAGGCGAGCUCGUCUAUGAACGCGAGAUUGCACGAGUCGGCAAGCAUUCCCCAUCGACAGACACUAAGGCGGUCCGUCAGCUGGGCUUCCUUGUCGACCGCGUUCGUUUCGCAAAGCGCUUCGCCGUUUUCAAGUGUCUCAUUCUUAUGCCGGCAGCGCUCGCAGGCGGCCUGUGGCUCUCGCGAGCUAUCGUGUUGGCACCGGGAGCGGCCUCGUUCAGCGCAGUCCUCCUCCACCUGCCCAGCAUCCUCGAAGUGCCUCUCGACCAGGGAUGGGACUGGGUCGAGCAGGUCUACGGCUCGGUUAUCUUCGCCACCGAUCUCACACCCAAUCUCGGUCUGUGGUGGUACUUCUUCAUGGAGAUCUUCGACCACUUUCGUGAUUUCUUCCUUCUCACCUUCAACGUGCAUCUCGCGUGCUACGUUCUGCCCUUCAGCAUCAAAUACAGGCAAGAUCCGCUGUUCGGCAUUACGGUCAUGGUGGGUGUCAUCGCAGUCUUCAAGAGCUAUCCGACGAUGGGCGACCACGCUCUCUUUAUGGGCCUGCUGAGCUUGCACAGCCAGAUUUUCGAGUACUUGCGGUACCCGUUGGUGUCGACGUUGACCUACGCGUACUGUACGUGCCUGUCGCCGGCUUUCCAUCACCUGUGGCUCAAUGCUGGGUCGGCGAAUGCCAACUUCUUCUACGCCAUUACGCUGGUGUGGGCGUUGGGUGGAGGCAUGCUGGUGCUGGACGCUAUGUGGGCGUGGGGCCGAGAGCGCUGGGAGAAGGAGAGGACACCGAUCCGUGCGGCUGUUCGAUCCCGCGAAGAGCACGUUGAUGGCGAUGCAUCUGUCGACAGUACCACUUCGAAUGGCGCGACAGCCACAUUGGCCGUGUCGCCAGAAGAAGCUCCGGACAAAUCGGACAAGCCAAGACGACGAGUCGUUGUACAAGUAUAG